UCCCGCCCCACCAGCCUGAGCCAUCUUGUAUUUAGCAAGAACAAAAACGGUGCAAAGAAACAAGUCCAACCUCGGGAUGGGGCGCAGACAUUAAGUCUAAUUAUAAGAGUAUAUUUCUAAAAAAAGCCAACGGGACAAUAUGCCUGGAAGCGGGGCACCGCGGAGAAACAUCAGCCACACCCCGCAGAGGAGCUAAUGUUAGCUGCCGAAACUAAGCUAGCCAAUUAGCUAAAGCUAGUAGCAACAUAAAGAGGAGAGAAACGGUUCUUCCUGCGCCAGCUAAACUAAAUUAGUGUACUAAAUUUCACUGUCGCCCUGAAAUCUGGAGGGACUUCGGUGGAAAAUGGGACAAAAGUCGUGCUGAUUAACCCGCCGAGCCGAGAGGAGACCCGGGCUAUGAGGAUAGCGGCUCGCUAGCUUCGCUGCUAACUGUUGUUUUUCGUUCCACAGCGGCACCACAAUAAGCCGCGGCCCUGGCCAUGCCCUCGAAUGCACGGGCGGGCAAUCUGAAGGACCCGGAUGUGGCGGAUCUCUUCUGCAAAGAUGAUCCGGAGAAGCUGUUCGCCGACCUCCGUGAGAUCGGCCACGGCAGCUUCGGCGCCGUUUACUUUGCCCGAGACGUGCGCAACAAUGAGGUGGUGGCCAUUAAGAAAAUGUCCUACAGCGGCAAGCAGACAAACGAGAAAUGGCAGGACAUCAUUAAAGAGGUGAAGUUCCUGCAGAAACUUCGCCACCCCAACACUAUCGAGUAUCUGGGAUGUUACCUGAAAGAGCACACGGCAUGGCUGGUGAUGGAGUACUGCCUCGGCUCGGCCUCAGACCUCCUUGAAGUUCACAAAAAGCCACUCCAGGAAAUUGAAAUAGCUGCUAUUACCCAUGGUGCACUGCAGGGAUUAGCGUAUCUGCACUCUCACAAUAUGAUUCACAGGGACGUGAAGGCGGGAAACAUCCUGCUGACGGAGCCCGGUCAGGUCAAACUGGGGGACUUUGGUUCUGCUUCGAUCGUGGCUCCGGCCAACUCCUUCGUGGGGACUCCCUACUGGAUGGCUCCCGAGGUGAUCCUGGCCAUGGAUGAGGGCCAGUAUGACGGCAAGGUGGACGUCUGGUCGCUGGGCAUCACCAGCAUCGAGCUGGCGGAGAGGAAGCCCCCACUGUUCAAUAUGAAUGCUAUGAGUGCCUUAUAUCACAUCGCUCAGAAUGAAAGCCCCAUCCUUCAGUCCAAUCACUGGUCUGAUUCCUUCCGCAACUUUGUUGACUCUUGCCUACAGAAGAUUCCCCAGGACCGGCCUACCUCGGACGUGCUGCUGAACCAUCGGUUCUUGUGCCGCGAACGUCCGCUGACGGUGAUCAUGGACCUGAUUGCGCGAACCAAGGAUGCGGUGCGGGAGCUGGACAACCUCCAGUACCGCAAGAUGAAGAAGAUCCUCUUCCAGGAGACCCAGCAGAACGGCCCCGUGUCCGAGGGAGGGGAUGAUGAGGAGGAGGCGGAGCAGUACCUGUUGCGGACCGGCACAGUGAACAGCAUGGAGAGCUCCCAGUCGGUGCCCAGCAUGUCCAUCUCGGCCAGCUCUCAGAGCAGCUCCGUCAACAGUCUGGCCGACGCCUCUGACGACAGCAGCAGCGAGAUGGCCAUGAUGCAGGAGGGCGAGCACACCGUCACCUCCAACAGCUCCAUCAUCCACCGACCCACGGGUCAGGAUAACAUCUAUGAUGACCCUUACCAGCCAGAGAUGGACCAACCCCAGGCCCCCUCAGCUGGACGCCGUCGAGCCUACUACCGCAACCGUGACCACUUCGCCACCAUCCGAACUGCCUCGUUGGUGACCCGUCAGAUCCAGGAACACGAGCAGGGCUCGGCGCUGCGAGAGCAGAUGUCCGGGUACAAGCGUAUGAGGCGGCAGCACCAGAAGCAGCUGAUGGGGCUGGAGAACAAGCUGAAGGCGGAGAUGGACGAGCACCAGCUGAAACUGGACAAAGAGCUGGAAAACCAGAGGAACAGCUUCUCCACCGAAGCCGACAAGCUGGUGAAGAAGCACCAGGCCAUCCUGGAGAAAGAGACGAAAGCAGCUCUGACGGAGGAGAAGAAGUUCCAGCAGCACAUCCUGGGCCAGCAGAAGAAAGAACUGACCAGUUUACUGGAGUCGCAGAAGCGCCAGUACCGGCAGCGCAAGGAUCAGCUGAAAGAGGAGCUGAAUGAGAACCAGUUGACUCCGAAGCGGGAGAAGCAGGAGUGGCUGAUCCGUCAGAAAGAGUGUCUGCAGCAGAUGCAGGCGGAGGAGGAGGCCAGCCUGCUCAGGAGGCAGAGGCAGUACUACGAGCUGCAGUGCCGCCAGUACAAGAGGAAGAUGCUGCUGGCUCGCCACAACCUGGAGCAGGACCUGCUCAGAGAGGACCUGAACAAGAAGCAGACCCAGAAGGACCUGGAGUGUGCCAUGCUGCUGCGGCACCACGAGUCCACCCAGGAGCUGGAGUUCAGGCAGCUGGGCUCCGUGCAGCGAACCCGGGCCGAACUGAUCCGGACGCAACAUCAGACCGAACUGACCAACCAGAUGGAGUACAACAAGCGGCGUGAGCAGGAACUGCGACAGAAACACGCCAUGGAGGUCCGGCAGCAGCCCAAGAGCCUCAAGUCCAAAGAGCUGCAGAUCAAGCGUCAGUUCCAGGAGACCUGUAAGAUCCAGACCCGUCAGUACAAAGCCCUGAGGAACCACCUGCUGGAGACCACCCCCAAAUCCGACCACAAGGCCGUCCUCAAACGCAUCAAAGAAGAGCAAACACGUAAGCUGGCCAUCCUGGCCGAGCAGUACGACCACUCCAUCAACGACAUGCUGUCCACACAGGCUGUGAGUAAGCUGCGGCUGGAUGAGACCCAGGAGGCGGAGUACCAGGUGCUGAGGAUGCAGCUGCAGCAGGAGCUGGAGCUGCUGAACGCCUACCAGAGCAAGAUCAAGAUCCACACCGACAAUCAGCACGAACGAGAGGUGAAGGACCUGGAGCAGAGGGUGUCCAUCCGCCGGGCGCUGCUGGAGCAAAGGAUCGAGGAGGAGAUGCUCUCUCUGCAGAACGAGCGCUCGGAGCGGAUCCGGACUUUGCUGGAGCGCCAGGCUCACGAGAUCGAGGCCUUCGACUCGGAGAGCAUGCGUCUCGGCUUCAGCAACAUGGCGCUGACGGGCAUCCCGGCCGAGGCCUUCAACCAGGGCUACCCGACCCCCAGCCCCUCCUCGGGCUCCAGCGGCUGGCCGUCCCGACCCGUCCCCCGCUCCGGCAGCCACUGGAGCCACAGCGUCCAGAACUCGGUGGCGACUCCGUCCUGGCGCAGUCAGAACCACAGCGGGGCGAGCUUCAUCCGCACGGAGUCCAUCACCUCCUCCCACGGCCUCGGCAGGGACAGCGAGCUGCACAAGAGCGCCAGGGGCCACCCCUCCGGCUCCGCCCACCUCCACCACCACCAGCAGCAGCAGCAGCAGCAGCAGCAGCAGCACUACCUCCCCCAGCACUACCAACACCACCAGAGCACGCCACAGCUCUACCGCGAGAGCCACGAGCGCGACAGCAGGGAGCGCGAGCGGGCCAGGGAGUGGGUGGGAGGAGGGGCCCACUACCCCCAUCACUCCCAGGGCCACCACCACCACCACCUCCUCUCCUCCCACGCCUCCUCGCAGUCCCUUGCUCUCCUUCCUCCCCCACCGCUGCCUCCCCCCAUCUCUCUCUCGUCCUCCUCCCCUCCGUCCUCCGCCUCUUCUUCUUCGUCAUCACAGGGAGGCUACGGCGGCGGGGGCCUGAGCGUCAGGGGCCCCGGUCUGAUGGCCCUCAGGAACAGCCCCCAGCCUCUGAGGAGGACGGCGUCCGGAGGGCCGGGCGGCGGCGGGGGGAGUGACGGAGGGCUCAGCCGGAGCACAUCGGUCACUUCUCACAUUUCUAACGGCUCUCAUCUCUCCUACUCGUGAAACCGCCGCGAGGCCUCCGACCUGCGGGCGCCGCUCUGCUUCUGUACGGGGAAAAACAAACAUGGCUGAAGGCGUUUCAGCCGAACGCAGAAGCAGAACCCUUAGAGAGGCGGAGAGAGUUUCUAGCCGGAGCAAAAAAAUCGAUCGUAUAAAUACCCCAUUUUUUUAAAAAAGUGUCAAUUUUAAGAUCUCCUUUCUCGAAGCGUGCAGGGAGCCUGAGAGCGUUCUUGGCGCGCGAGAGGAGAAAGAGAGGAAGCGAUUUUUAUAGAGAAGUCUUCGCACGUUAAAGAGCUCCACAGUGAACAAACAAAACGGUCCAAAAAAACCCCACAAACGACACGUCCAUGUGUGUGAAAAUGAGCCGUGUGUUGCAAACUGAGCAAGUCGAAGCGUUAACAAAACGUCCGCUUGUUCACUUUGUGACGCACCGAAUCCGUUGCACAAGUCUUGACUCGGAGGUUUAACUGCAGGAGACGCGUGUCGCCUGCCGGACCAGUUUGAGAUUCAGGUUUGAGCCGAGACCUUCAGGCGUUCAGGUUUAACGUUUUUAAAGGCGGCGAGCGGGUUUAUUUUAAUUUUUUUUUUUUUAGUUUGUAUCGAACUGACCGAGAGUUGUGGAGCUUCCACUGGGCUAGCGGUGCUUUAAAAACCACUGUAACUAUGUAAAUAACGGUAAAACUGUACACCCAGUUUUUGAUUUGUAAGUGUUUCAUACAUUCAGCAGGGCGGCGGGGGCGGGGCGGGAGUCGACCACGGGAAGACUUCCCGUCAAGACAUUUCUUUUUAUUUGUAGUGUUAAGAUUCUGUAUAUGACAAACAAAACACUGCCGUCUCUUUGUUGGGCCGAAGACAAAUCUACCACUGCCCUUUAAGUCUUCUUGAAGGAGCGGUCUGACGUUCAGAGGCGUGAACCCGUUUGUUCGGUUUGAUCUCUGGGCGUUCGGUGCAGAAGUGAUUUAUGUUUAGCGGGAGGAAACCUUGCAGCAGCUGUCACACGGACACGCUGUGUGGCUGAAUGAUUAUAGCUUUACGAGCACUUUGUUCUGUCCUCUUGAUUAAAUGCAUCGUCUGGUUGCAGCGGCCGCUAAAAUCCUCCAUCAAACCAUCUGUGGUUUCAUAUUUUGGCGUCGAUGCGUCACGUCUUGAUUUUGGCCAGUACAAGAAAUUAAAGACCUGACGUCGAUAUAAAAAUGAUUUGAAACGACUUUACUGCCAUAAAACUCUCACUAAUUAAUAAUAUACCAUAUUAUGGUAAUUUUUCAGGCUCAUACUCUUAUUUUGGGUUUCUUCUCCAACAUGUUUACAUCCUUUAAUGUUUAAAAAACACAUUAUAUUUCGAUGUUUGGAGAUGGUUCUGGCUCUGUGAGACUUAUUAAAAUACAAAACCACAACAUUAUAACUUACUUCUCUGUUUUUAAGGAGAAAUUAUUGUCUGGUUUUCCCUCUGAUGUCCUCCGGCUGCUCCGCCUCAGCUUUCGGUGAUUUACCGAGCUUGUUUUGUUUUUGUACUUCAUAAAGACGACAACGCCUUUUUAUAUCGACUCGCCUCUAAACUAAGUAACUUGCGCAUCAAGAAGCGGCGACUUGAAAACACGUUACAUGUGAAGCUGUUGGAAACAGUUUCUUCCUCCUUCUUCUGCGAGUUGUUGUUGUUUUCAAACUCACUUCUGCACCGAACAAAAAGAGUCAAAACGGCAAACAAGAAAACGUCCCAGGACGUCGGAGCGCUCCUUUUUAAAGGGACGCUGCCGAGAGAGUAUUUUUGAGUGAGCCGAGCGCUAAAUGUGUGCGAUGUUUGCUGAGAGUGUGUGUGUGUGUGCGCAGCUUACCGUCACCUCCACCUGUUUCCCCUCAUAGUUCGGUCUGCGUCUGUAGAUAAGAUGUACAUUUACAAACUAGUACAACUCUCAAGUGCAUGGAACUGUGUACAGACAGCAUUUGUAUGGAUAACAUGCACACUACCUAUUUAUAUAAAUGUAAGUUACCUGUCGCAGGUAUACUGAAGAUUGUUCACUGUCCAAACACUUUGACUUGCAUUGUACUUAACCAGUGUACAUAAAAGCACUAACGUUUGAGGCUGUGUUAGAGUAAUAAUAAUGAUUAUUUUGUCACGUGCGUUUUACCGAUUUGUACUAGAUGCAGACAAAAAUAGAUGCUAUCAUCAUUAUUAUUACCUCUGCUGCAGUGGGAAUAUUUAUGUUGUAUGCUAAUUUUAAAAAAAAGUUUUUAAAAUGUAAUUGCCAAUUUUGACCACUAGGUGGGGAAUAAGCGCAAUGUAACUGUGAUAGAGCUAUAAAAAAAAAUAUUAUGUUGUGUUUUUUUUUUUUUUUAAAGGAGGACAAAAGGACUACCUUACCCAGCAUUCCUGUCGCGGUCUCAGGGAAGGAGUCUACAGUUCUGGGCAGGGCUGCGUUCGACUUUGUGUUUUUUAUUUUUGAGCCAGUAUUAAAAGGCGGGAGCGUCCGCAGUCGACGCAUUUCCAGAUUCUUUCACUACAUUUUGGUGCCAUGUUUAUUUUAUUUUUUAUUUUAUAUUUCGAUUUCCCUCCGAAAAAAACACUGAAACGUGCAAAAUUACGGAGCCUCAGAGGGUUCAAUGUUAAAUGUAUAAGUAAAAAAAAAAAAAAAAAAAAGACAAACAGUCGUGUGAAUAAAUUGUGCAAAAAUACAUAAAAGAAUUUGUAAAGUAAUUGAAGGAAAUUAUUAAAACUCAAAUGUUAAUCAUUUUUGAGUUUUAUUGGAUAUAAUUGAGGUAGAAGUCUUUUUUUUUUUUUUUUUUUUUUCCCCACACUUUUAUUUCACUUAAUUCAAUAUCCUGUUUUUGUUCGUUCAUGAUGUUACGAAAAGUGACGUCAUGAAUUAAAAACAAACUUUUUGAGAACCAUUUAAAAAAAAAUUUGUAUAUGUAUUUAUAUAUUUCACAAGUGAGUUCAUCCAAGGAAGGUUAAAAACCAAGAACUGGACUUUGUUACCUUCAUCCGGGGGACUUCUUCACUUCUGACUGACUGGAGGGGAAACUAAGCCGAUUAACCUCUGGGGGGUCGUUAUCAAGACGAUCGACAUCGCUGGGUCGUUGGAGCCACUGAGGCCAAGUCUGAACGCUUGUUUAGUUUCCUGGGGAGAGAUGAAAGGACGGCAUUGUAAGCGGUGUCGCAGACCUCGCCCCCCCCCCGUUGAGAGACGGUCUCUCCACUCGGAUGUAAAUGGAUUCCCUGACGCACCUUUCGCACCAUCCGUCCUCUCUGUCUGAAGGCUGCAUCCACAAUACUACAUCCCGUCCAGACUAAAACGAAGAAGUUUGAAAACGCUGCUAGACCCCGUUUCCGUUUAAAACUCCGGGGUAGCGUUUUACUGCGGACAGGUGAAAACGGAGGACGUCAAAAACGCUCACGUUUGGCUUCCUGAUUGGCUCUCAUCAGACGCUACUGAGUAUUUUGUACCGUGUAAAUAACACUUGUACUAAAACGCUGCUGUGGACGGAUUUGAGACGUAGUGUGGAUGUAGCCUGAAACGAGUGUCCUCCAUCUUUCUGGUGUUUGUUGAUACUCCAGAGUUUAACCAGGUCCCGCUGCCCUUCAUUUUUAACCUUCCCUGGAUAACUCCGACCUGAACGACCUUCACAGACACACAAGUUCAGUUUUAAUAAUUUCUUUCACAAUUUCUACUAGAUAGAUAUAUAAUUUUUUUUUUUUUUUUACACACUUCACUCACCUGACUGUUUAUCCCAUAAUUACUGGAGGACUUUGGGGCUCCGGUAACAGAACUUAAAGGCCUCCUCGUUUGGUUUUGCACAGUGUGAAUGGGUAGAAACAUCCUGCGGCCGCUUCCUGCAGAGGAAAAUAAACCCGCCGCUGCAGGAAGCCGACGUCGGUGUGAUCCGAUGCUGCGUGUAGUCGUCACAUCUACCUCAUUUGCACUGAUUUUACUAACAAGAAUGUUUUGGGUGGAAAAACAAAAUGCAUAUUUCUCAUAGGCGGACUUUUGGCUUCUUUUCGCUUAACUUGUAGUUUGUUUUUAUAAACGUGGAGGAGCGAUGCUGGAUGCGAGCAGGACAGGAAGUUGUUUGUUUUGUUGUUUUUUUUACGUUUCCCCUCCGCUGACUCGUCUCUUCAGGACAUGCUGGACUUGAAAUGCUAAUAAAGACGCUCUGCUGGGUGGGAGCAGGUCACACACGCUGGUGUUGACCUCAGUGGAUGGAAAUGUUUGGUGUCUGCUGGCCGCACGUGGAUGAACUCUCGUUUCUCCCCAUCCUGUAAGGAAACGUUUGAACCGUGAGAUUUCAUUUUGCCAACUUUAUUGUAUUUUUUUAAAAAUGCAUUGUUUUGUGCUGACCAUUCCUGUGUUACUGUUGCCAAUUAAAGCUGCACUGGGGGGGUCAGUACCUCCGACAGAGGGCCGAGUAGAUGUUUAGAUUGAUCCUGUUUCUUAUGUAAACAGAUUGAACACGGUGAGCAGUUCACUGACAUCGGGAUUUCUGUGUUUUUCGUGUCGUGGACUUUUUUUUUUAGAGGAACAUUUUGGGAAAUGUUCUUGUUUGCUGUCUUUCUGCAGAGUCACGUGUUUUAGGACGACGGAGAGCCAAACAUUUUUUUUUAUUUAUUUUGCAUUUUGAGAAUUUCGUCAAAAUGACAAACAUUUUGUCUUUAUUCUCGAAAUGCAAAGUAAAAAAAAAAGAUCUUCAUCCUCAUUUUCCCCCUUUUUUGUGGCCCUAAUACUCUGCCGUAGUUUUACUAAUUAUUAUUUUUAUUCAUGAUUAAUCUGCAGAUUAUAUUCUCGAUAAUUUGAUUAAUUAUUUUGGUCGAUAAAAUGUCUGAAAAUAGUGAAAGAAAGAUCUGUUGGGAUUUCUUUAAUCCCAAAAUGACGUCUCCAAAUUUGUCCAACAAACUCAAAAUUACACACAAAUAUUUAAUGGAUAGAAAACAAGUUGGUGACUGUUUUUUAAAAAUGAAUUCUCAAAUUCAACAACUUCUCAAAUUUGAGAAUUUUUCGGUUUUAAAUCUAUAAACUAAAAAUCUUUUGCCUUUUUCUUUUUCUGAGGAGCGUUUCUACGCAGUUUACUGAUAUUUUGUAAACUUAUUGAUUUAAUUGAAGAAAUGAUCUGCAGGCUGGUUAUUAAUGUAAAUCCUACAUUGCAGCACUGUAUUCAUGUUGAUUUAGCUGUUUGGUUUAUAGAAAGUUCUUCAGCUGUUUUUGUUUUUGUACAAAGAUCAAAAAUAUAUUCCGUUUAUUGUCGUACAAAAACGUAAAAAAGAAGCAAAUUUGAUCAUGAAAAUGUUGAGCGGAUUGAUUUUAAAUUAAAGUUCAGACAAAUUAUUUCAGCACCAACAAGCAGAUUUCCCAAAACACCGUGCUGUUUUUUCCUUUUUGUACGUUUCCUGGUGCAGAUUUUUAAAAUGUUUCUGUGGGACAAAGUUCAGUGUUACUGCCUCGGCCUCUGUAGGCAGGAAGCCCCCCCCCCAAAACAAAGAGAAACCCCCCCCCUGACUGUCCUGCUGUUUGUGGCCAGCAGGUUAAAGAACUGACAGGAAGCUCAGCCGUGAUGAAGAUGAUGAAGAUGAGUUUGUGUGCAGAGCAGGAUGCAUGUGGUUUGUACAGCGGAGAGUUUCAGAUGCAAAAAUGUUUUUUGGAGGAGAAAAAGUUUGAGAUGUACAGAAACGUUAACGAAAUAAUUUUGGAGAAAUAAAAUGAACAAAAAACA